AUGUCGUCGACCGACCAAUCAUUCUCCUUGGCCAUCAUAGGCUCAGGUAUCGGCGGACUAGCCCUCGCGAUUGGACUUCUGAAACAAAAUGUUCGAUGUACAGUCUAUGAAGCCGCCCCUGUCUUUGAUGCCGUGGGAGCUGGUAUCGGAUUGGGACCGAAUUCGUUGAAAGCUAUGGCGUUGAUGGACGAGGAAUUCGCAAAGAUGUACGACGACAUUAAAGUUGGGAAUACCGCACCGGAACGAUACAACGAGCAAAUAGAGAUUUUGGGAGCCGAAGAGGGGUUUCGACAUGGUGGAUCGGUCAGACAUCCAGAUUUUACUCGCAGUAGUGCUCAUCGAAGAGCUUUGUUGGAGGUGAUGAAGAGUUUGAUACCCGAGGGAACUGUUAAGUUUAAUAAACGAGUUGUGUCGCUUGUGCAGAAGGAUUCGAAAGUGAGUAUUGAGUUUACAGAUGGUGAAAAGGUCAUAUUCGACGCUGUGAUCGGAUGCGACGGAAUCAAGGGAAUGACCAGACGCGAAGUCCUCGAAUCGAGAUACCCAGAAGAGGUCCCAGCAAAGUACUGCAACGAGUAUGUUUACCGAGGAAUUACCACAAUGGAAAACGCGAAAGCCAUCAUUGGAACAUAUGCUGAAGACGCUCGCUGGUUUAUGAUGCCUAAUAAAGGUUGGGCGAUGUACCCCAUAUCAGGCGGUAAAGAAGUGAACAUUGUGGUAUUUGUCAACGAUGACAAACCUUGGGUUGGAGAGCAGGCAGCACGGCCGGUAGAGAAAGAGGAGAUGUUGAGAGAACUCGAAGGCUUUGACAAGCGACUCAUAGGACUGUUGGAAUACGUGAAGCCGAUGAGAUGGCCACUCUUCCAUCACCCUGAUACCCCAACAUACGUGAAGGAAAGGAUCUGUCUUCUUGGUGACGUCGCCCACGCCUCAAGCCCUAAUCAAGCAGCUGGCGCUGGACAAGGUUUAGAGGAUGCUUUGGUUCUCUCUAGAGUUUUGGGCUUGGUGAAAAACGCAAGCGAGCUAGAUGCGGCGUUUGAGGUCUAUGACUUGAUCAGGCGACCAAGAGCGCAAAAGGUUGUUCAAGAAAGUAAAGACGUUGGCGACAUUUACUUCCUCACCCACCCUGAUUUUGGGACCGACUUAGAAAAGAUCACCGAGGACGCAAAUAGACGACUUCCGCUAAUAUGGUGGUAUGAUCUCGAGGCAGAUGUGAAAAUCGCAGAAGAGGAGUUUAGAAAGAAGGUCGCAAGAUUACCAACAGUGGGCAAGGGGUCUGCUGAAAAGACAUCUAAGAAGAAGACAAGCAUAUUUCAGUGUGUUGUAUCAUAG